AUGGAGGAUACCUUGAAAAAUUUCAUCAAGCAGUUUAUCUCUUAUAUUUGGACUAUGAUAAUGAAAAGCAUUCCUGGUGAAAAACAAGCAAUGGCGCGACCAAAUCCGUCUUUUCAUGCGGAAAUACGUCUAGAUCCAACGAUCGCGAGAAAGGAUGCUGAAAAGUUGUUGCCUGAAAUUCACGAAGCUCUUUUAUCCAUUGAAAAUGUUCGUAAUGGUUGUCCAGUAGUACUACCAAUUGACAAGGAAUUCAGUAAAAUGAUUAAUAGUGUAUUAAUUGUUAGUUCAGAUGCUUCCGAAGGAGAAUGUUUGACAAUAUCCGACACUUCGCUAACACUUUCAAAUCUACAUCUGUACAAAUUGUUAAAUCAUGAUGCACAAACAUUGGAAGCUCAGUCAGGCGAGCAUGACUCGGAGCCUAAUAUUGCAGGAUCGCUACUAUGGGAAUUACCUUGUUGUGAAUUUGAUGGAUUUUGGGAAAAUUUGAUUUUUGAUGAUUCCAUUAAAGAUGAGCUCGUUUCUUAUGUUUAUGCGCUGGUCAGGCUUUCGGAGAAAAAUGCAAAUUCUGCAGUGUUAAGAGUAAAUCGGUUGAUUUUAUUACACGGACCACCAGGAACUGGCAAAACAUCGCUCUGCAAAGCGUUGGCUCAAAAAUUGGCAAUACGAUUUAGCCAAAAAUACAGAAGGAUAUAUUUUGUGGAAAUUAACAGUCACGGCCUUUUCUCAAAAUUUUUUUCUGAGAGUGGCAAAUUAAUCCAUAACAUGUUCAAACAAAUUGAAGAACUCACAGACGAUCCGAAAGCAUUUGUUUUCGUACUUAUUGAUGAAGUGGAAAACUUAGCGACAGCUCGAAGUACUUUGUUAAAUCGAAAUGAACCAACGGAUGCAAUUCGUGCUGUAAAUGCUGUCCUUACACAAGUGGAUCAUAUACGUCGACGUAAUAACAUAUUCAUUUUCAGUACUUCCAAUAUAACACAGAGUUUGGAUGAAGCCUUCAUAGAUAGAACAGAUUUAAGUCGUUUCGUUGGUUAUCCUUCAGCAAAUGCAGUUUACACCAUAUUGUGUUCAUGCAUUCGAGAAAUGCAGAGAAUUGGAAUUGUGGAGCCAGGUCCAUGGUUCUCUGAACAUUAUGCAACUGGUCCACAUUAUGAGAAGCUUACGCAAUUGUCACGAAGAGCUUCUGGUUUAAGUGGACGUUGUUUACGGCAGCUCCCUAUCAUCGGAUAUUCCAAAUUGCCGGUGGAUCAGUUAUCCAUCGACCAAUGUCUUGAUGUACUAGAAAAAGCCUUGAAAGAGAAAUUUUCUGAAAAUGUGAGGUGUGUGAAACCGAAUUGGGUGUAUGGUGAGAAAACUGCAAGUGCUUUGACUGGUUAUUGA